UCCUCAAGUAGCUUUAGGAUAGUGUUGAAAACAUCUCUAUUACGUGAGAGAUUUAACGGGUGUCAUUUGCUCACCCAAUGGAGACUGGUGUCUUUAGGAUAUAAGGUUUUAGUUACACAUAUAUAAAACUUGAGCAUAGGAUGGAGGGGCUCACACCCCAGCACAUCUUGCUUCCCCAUUAGGAAGAGUAUCCACACCCAGUUGUCUCUGGCAACAUGACAAACUUCCAUCAUGCAGAAGGAGGGUGCUUAAGAGGGCCAGCUAGGUCAUCAGCUUAACAAAGAAACUGGUUUGAACAAUCCAGCAGUUUCUUCUACUACAUGCCCCAUCUUAUAGAUACAAAACUACGGGCUUCGUGGAGACCCAAAGGUGUAAUCCAAACCAACCUCCCAAUCCUACAAAAAUAGAUAUGAAUUGUGACUGUCAUGGGUACCCUAUUCCAAACACCAACAGUGGGAGCGUCCUGGAGCCAUAGAAAAUAGGGAUGUGCAUGCAGCCUCAGUCACUUUCAAAAGUAAAAUAAUACAUAAUAUCCAAUGGAGUUGCAAUACCAAAUUCAACCGCACCUGAUUAAGAGGCUGCUUGGUGUUCUGUUGGACAUACCAUGUACAGGUUCAGCUUCUGUACCCUUAAAAAUGUGAACUGUCCCAAACAGCACUGUUAUAUCUUGUCCUACACGUGCCAUUUGCAUGAGGAAGAUGACACUCCCCAAUAUGCUGCGGUAGCCAUCUUGUUUUCCCUUGCAUUUUUGGUUUCCCAAGAGAACUACUGACCACUGUUGGCUACCCCUGCUUUUGAAUGUCUCACGUCAAGCAAAAGCGGAAUCCAUUCAUGGCAUAACUGAGAAGAGUGCAAAAAAGUGGUUGUUGGGGUUUUUUUUCCAUACUAAAGCAAAGUGAUUGGAUUGUACCCAAUGCUAUAUAAGAGGACUUCAACUUGAGCAACACCACAUUCCCUACCUCUCCCUUGCAGCCCCCUCAUGUGUCUCCAGACUCUGCUCUGGGGGCGUCCCUCAAUGCUAUGGAGCAGAUUUUGAGUUAGGGGUGGUGCAGGGGAGAGGAGUGGGAAGUUUUGUGCAAGUGGAAGUCUGCUGUGCAAGUGGAACGGCGAUGCUGGAUGCAACCUGUUGUUUGCAUUUGAAAACAUUUCUUUAUAUUAUUAAGACAAUGUUGAGGUUAUAAUCAAAUAAAGAAGUGCAUUGUGGUUGAGUCAAAUUUAGCAAACAAUGUAUUUGGAGUGGGUUUUUUUAAAAAGAAACAAUAUGCCAAAGUUCUCUCUGUUGAUUUACUAGUAGAGAAUUAUGCAUAUCUUUAAUGCUCAUGGAUUGAACUUUGUUGGAUAAUUAAAUAUGUUUAAAUUAGUUUGGAUUAUACCCAUACUUGGCAAGCAAAAUGGCUUACAAAGUAACUUGAUAAAUUCCAGUGUUCAAAGUUCAGCAGUGCUGAGAUUUGCAUGCUAUUAUUUCAAGACAUCCUUUCGAUGAGCACAGCUUCACAACCGAAAACUAGUUGUCUCCCAUCCUUUCGAAGAUCAUGCAAGAUCCCAAGUUGCCUCUCUUACUGAUCAAUGAAGUAGGUGGCACCCUAGGAGUCUUAGAAGCUCACGUGCCGUUUCUGAAGAAACACUUUCAACUUAUCACCAUGAAGGAAUUCCUCGAAAGCAAAGAAUGCUAUCGUGCUCAAGUCCAAGCUAUUUACUCGUGGUGGCAUAAGCCAGUCAUCGACAGGGAGCUGUUGAAAAGUCUGCCUAACUUAAAAGUGAUUUCAAGUGCAGGAGUGGGUACCGAUCACCUGGAUUUGAAGCUGAUCUCUGGGUUUGGAGUGAGAAUCGCCAACACUCCUCAUGCUGUCCACAGCACUACAGCAGACAUUGGCAUGGCCUUGCUGCUGGCAGCUGCCCGAAGACUUGUAGAAGGUUGCCAGAUUGCUGUUUCCUCUGACACAGGCUAUUUCUCUAAUAACUGGUUAGGAGAGGAAGUCACUGGGGCAACUCUGGGUAUCAUUGGAAUGGGAAGCAUUGGGUAUAAAAUUGCUCAGAGAGCCAGAGCUUUUGAGAUGAAAAUUCUUUAUCAUAACAGGAACAGAAGGAAAGAAGAUGAAGAACAGGCUGUGGGUGCCUGCUAUUGUGGGGCAAUAGAAGACUUGCUCCAGCAGUCAGAUUUUGUGAUGCUGGUUGUAAAUCUGACACCUCGGACGUACAAACUGAUUGGGAAAAAAGAGUUGCAGCUGAUGAAACCCACAGCUAGUCUUAUAAAUAUCUCUAGAGGGCAAGUUGUAGACCAAGAUAUGCUUGUGGAAGCUCUUCAGACUGGUGUUAUUAAAAGUGCCGCUAUGGAUGUCACUUAUCCUGAACCACUGCCCAGAGAUCAUCCGUUACUAAAAUUAAAAAAUGUUAUCAUAACACCACAUGUUGGUAUUAAAACACACAAAACUACUUUUAUGAUAACAGAGGAAGCAGUAAGCAAUGUAUUGGCAGCUCUUAAUGGUCUCCCAAUGCCCAGUGAAGUGUUUCCUGACUAAACUUGUGGGCUGUCAUCUAACAUAGCAACAUGGAACUAUUCUACAUUUUCCUCUAGUGCAAGAAACAUAUUGACAGAUGUAUAAAUUCAACCUGAAUCUCUUGCCUCAUGCAGCAGUGUUUGUUCUGGACUGAAGACACAAAACAAGCCAAUAGAUUUUAUAUUUUGUUAACUCCUCAUCAUAGUUAUAGCAGAUAAUGUCCUUUGUUACCAUUCCACACAAUUAAAUUUCAAACAGCGCUUGCUCGUUAAUAUGAAAAACUGUUGUGAAAAUUUCUAUGCUUGCAUUUUAAAUAUUAUAUACAAUAUUUAUAACAAAUAAAUAAAAAUAAUAAAUGUGCUUUGAAAUUUG